CUACUUCAGCCCCUCUCUGCAUAAGCAGCUCCUCAACAUGAGGCACAGUCUCCACUUGACCUUCAUGUGUCUGAGUCUCCUCACUGGAAGGAUGUGCAUCCAGGGGAAUCAGUUUAACAUCAAGGCCAGCAGAAGUGACAAGCUGUCCCUGCCUGGCUUUGAGAAUCUCACAGCAGGAUAUAACAAGUUUCUCAGGCCCAAUUUCGGUGGAGAACCUGUUCAGAUAGCACUGACUCUGGACAUUGCAAGUAUUUCCAGUAUUUCAGAGAGUAACAUGGACUACACAGCCACCAUAUACCUCAGACAGCGCUGGACGGACCAGCGGCUGGUGUUCGAAGGCAACAAGAGCUUCACUCUGGAUGCACGCCUAGUGGAGUUCCUCUGGGUGCCAGACACUUACAUCGUGGAGUCCAAAAAGUCCUUCCUCCAUGAGGUCACUGUGGGAAACAGGCUCAUCCGCCUCUUCUCCAAUGGCACAGUCCUGUAUGCUCUCAGAAUCACAACAACUGUUGCAUGUAACAUGGACCUGUCUAAAUACCCCAUGGACACACAGACAUGCAAGUUGCAACUAGAAAGCUGGGGCUAUGAUGGGAACGACGUGGAGUUCAGCUGGCUGAGAGGGAAUGACUCUGUGCGCGGGCUGGAGAACCUGCGGCUUGCUCAGUACACCGUACAGCAGUAUUUCACAUUAGCUACCAGAUCGCAGCAGGAAACAGGAAAUUAUACACGAUUGGUCUUGCAAUUUGAGCUUCAGAGGAAUGUCCUGUAUUUCAUUUUGGAAACCUAUGUUCCUUCCACUUUCCUGGUGGUGUUAUCCUGGGUUUCGUUUUGGAUCUCCCUUGAUUCAGUUCCUGCAAGAACCUGCAUUGGAGUGACCACUGUAUUGUCAAUGACCACACUGAUGAUUGGGUCCCGCACUUCUCUUCCGAACACCAACUGCUUCAUAAAGGCCAUUGACGUGUACCUGGGGAUCUGCUUUAGCUUCGUGUUUGGGGCCCUCCUGGAAUAUGCAGUUGCCCACUACAGCUCCCUACAGCAGAUGGCAGCCAAAGAUAGGGGGAAGGCAAAGGAAGUGGAAGAAGUCAACAUCACUAACAUCAUCAACAGCUCCAUCUCCAGCUUUAAACGGAAGAUCAGCUUGGCCAGCAUUGAGAUUUCCAGCGAUAACGUUGACUACAGUGACCUGACAAUGAAAACUAGUGACAAGUUCAAGUUUAUCUUCCGAGAUAAGAUGGGCAGGAUUGUUGAUUAUUUCACAAUUCAAAACCCCAGUAAUGUUGAUCGAUAUUCCAAACUCCUAUUUCCUUUGAUUUUUAUGCUAGCCAAUGUAUUUUACUGGGCAUACUACAUGUAUUUUUGAGAGUAUGCUGAAUUGUUUGCAUGUCAUAGGUCUUCAACAGAACAAAGUAAUGAUGUAAACGAUAUUCUAAGCCAAGUGUGCAUCCUAAUCCAAUGGCGCCACAAGUGACUAAAGUAACAUUUGAGCAUUUCUCCUCAAACAAUGAACCCCCUCCAACCAUUAUUUAAGCUGUGUAGAAGUCCUAGCAUUACAGAAUCUUUUAAUAGAAACACCAACCCAUUCCUUUUUUAUUUUUAUGAAAGAUAUUCCCAUGGAGCCCAAGAUUACAAACCUACUCAGGACUGACUGCCCAGUGGCUCCCUGGUCUGCAUUUAACUCAUAUAAAAAAUGAAAAGGAAGCUAUUACAUGUAUUGAGUCAAGUGUCAGAGGUUGUUUCUAAAUUAAUCACACAUGCUAUUUACUAAAUCUCUACAGUGCUUAUAAAAUAAAAUACAUUGCUGCCUAUUUAGGGAAUAACAUAUUCUAGUAUUUGGUUUUGAUUACAAUGAAAU